UUGUGGCAAACAAGUCGAGUGCUGGACGCGUAGCAGUUAACAACGACAACGACAACGACAACGGCCAGCAGCGGAACCAGUGCAGGCUCUUUACACGUAAUUACAGUUGUGUUAGCGUUAACAUUAACAAGUAACAUUAUAACGAGAUUAACAGUGCAUAAGUCGUAAAGUUGUUAGCACUCGGCUGAUAUUUGUAUUAUUUUCUUGUCUAUAAAAAGUUCAAACAGUGAAUCAAAACAAAAAAUUAAAUAGCAAAAUAUUAUCGUGACAUUUUUUUCUAAGUUUAUGUGUGCGUCUAUGUGAAUGUGUUUAUCAGUGAACGAUUUUUAUUAAAAAAGUCAAAGUCCCAGAAAAAAAAACGUUAAUUUUAACAAGUUGAAUUGAAGAACCUACAACAAAACUCUUGAGUUCAACUGUGACGCCGUCCAUUAUCAAGAACACCAACAUGGAGAAGUCAACGUUAACGCAGAAGAAUUACGCCAGUGUGUACAAUGAGACGACGAAGCCAAAGAAACCGAAACGUCGCGACAAGAGCGAUUUGGGUCCCGAUUUUGUGGCGCCCGAUGGCGGCUGGGGAUGGGUAAUAUGUCUGGCUGCGGGCUUUAAUAAUUUCUUCAUGUUUCCCGCACUACAGCAGUACGGUCUGAUCUAUAAAGAACGAAUGACUUUACUCGGUUUUAAUCCCAAGGACACGACAAUUAUUGUGAAUGUGGUGAUGACGCUGUCCUCCCUUGUCGGUAUUUUUAAUGGCGCCAUGUUCCGGAGAUUCACCUUCCGCCAGGUGGCUAUAGCCGGCACAACUCUUGGUUUCCUAGGAAUAUUGGGCUCCGCUUUCUGUACCACCGUCUGGCAGUACAUCAUCUGUCUGUCCCUGAUCUAUGGAGUGGGUCUUGGCCUGGCCAUGGCCGCCGUAUCAUUGGCAGUCAACACUUACUUCAAGCAGAGCCGACGACGUGCCACGGGAUUCUCUUGGACUAUUACAGGACUGGGUCCCAUCAUUUUUCCGUUUGUGUCGAACUUUUUGGUGGACUAUUAUGGCGCCCAGGGCACCAUUUUAAUAUAUUCUGGCAUCGCACUGAAUGCCGUACUCUGUGCCCUAACGCUCCAACCCGUGAUGCGACAUGUGCGCAAGCCGGAGAAGCCAGAUGUCGAUGGAGUCGAUGAAAAGGAGAAGCCCGAAAUGCUCGAGGCCAAUGGGAAUUUGUUGUUGCCGGGAAAUGAUCCAUGGUGCGAUUAUGAGUGCAAGUACUGUCAGUAUCAGAAGCGCACCAAACGUGGCCUCUUCUCCUCGCAGUAUCUCUUUAACGACGACGAUCCAGAGCAUCCGGGAUACGAGAUCACAGAUCCGGGCACACCGAUGCUAGCUCGAGCCAACGAUGGUUGGUUUGGCUCCAAGUUAUCCCUCGCCUCUGAGCGAAGACAGGUGCUGCUUCGUCAGGUGUCUGUGACAGCUUCCGCAUCCGCCACGAAGGGCAGUCGCGACAAUCUGGACAAACUGGAGGAGGCUAGCGAGCCGGAUCCGCACCAGCAUCAGCAUGACUCAUCCGCUGCCCUUUACAAGCCCAACUACUUCAAUCGCGAACGAGAAGAUCUGGGUCGUUAUGCCAGCAAGACGAGCGUCUACUCGAAACCAGGUGGAGAGGAGCUGCUGCGUUGCACCUGCGCCGAGGACAAGGCUCUAUUGCAGAGGUCCGCCGAGGCAUUGAGGCUGGAUAAGCUGGCACUGCAGGUAGCCGAAGAGGCCGAGGAGGAGGCUAAACGUAAGAUGACUUUCCGCCAGAAGAUCACCAAAUUUUUUGACCUCGAUCUGUUGCGAAAUCUGACCUUUGUGAAUCUUGUCAUCGGCAUGAGCAUCAUGAUGUUUGGCGAGAUGAACUUUUCGGUGCUGACACCGUUCAUCCUCAACAGCUUUGGUUAUAGUCCUCAACAGUGCUCCGUGGUCAUGGCCCUGUUGGCCUGCAUGGACAUCUCUGUGCGAUUCCUGGCCCCCAUCUGUCUCGAGAAGGUCAAACUGGACAACCGGGUGCUGUUCGCCUUUGGGAUUAUCUGCAUUGCCGUUGGUCGCGUCAUCGUCACAAUGACGACAUCCUAUAAUGUUGUUGUGGCCGUCUUUCUACUCAUUGGAUUUGGCAAAGGUUUCCGUACCAUAUUCUCACCCUUGAUAAUACCAUCAUAUGUUCCCCUGCGCCGUCUGCCCGCCGCCUCUGGACUUCAGCUGAUCUUUAAUACGUUCUUCUCCUCAAUCAUGGGCCCGCUUCUAGGCAUCAUCACUAACUCUUUCGGAUACAGCGCUACAAUCCACAGCAUUAAUUUAUUGACAGCUAUCGCCCUGAUCAUGUGGAUUGUGGAGUCGAUGAUUCGACGGAUCCUUGGAAAGCCGUAUAAUCCACCAGAGGAGUAGUCAGCAUACCUAUUUCGACGAUCCUCCAGUCUUAAAUUAGCCUAGACAUCCAAGUGACAUACGUCUACGAGUUCAAUACACUUUCUGUACAAUAUAUAUUCUUAAGACACUCGUAAGACUCAACUUUAAGAUAUAACUGUGAGCUUACUAUAAUUACGAACUUAGUAUAUAUAUAUUUAUUUUUUAGUAUUCAUCAUAUAUAUAGCUUAGGAUGUACAGUUUUUUUUUUUUGUUUUUUGUAACAUUUGUUAAUUAUAAUUAUUUGUAACUAUACAUUGUAAACUGCAUUCACAUUCAAUGAAUGUGUAUGCUACUGAACUGAACUAUUGUUGUAGACUUUUACUGUAGUCGUUUGGUGAUUAUUUCAUCAUAUUAAAUAUCAAACUCUUGAUACCUA